AUGGUGUAUGUGACCGUGGGCAGUGAACUGCACCUGCUGGGGAGGUGGGGGAGAACUUGCAGCUCCUGGAACCCACCCCUUCUCUCUCCCAGGCCUUUGCCCAGGCUGUGGCCUCUGUCUGCAACUCCUCCCCUUCUCACUCUGGCCCUUCCCUUCAGUGCCUCUUCCUCUGGGAAGCCCCCCCUGAUGCCCAGCACGUCCCCUUCUGUCGCCUCUGGCUUUCUCACCCCAUCCUCCCUCCCCGAUUGUCUGCUUUGCUCACAAGACUGUGAGCACCAUGAGGGCAGGAACCCACAGGCUGUUCACAGUUGUGUUCUGGCACCUGCAAGGGCCUGGCCCAGAGCCCCUCAGGAAGUGAGACAUCUAUAUCCUCUGCUCGGUGGCCUGGGAGCCAGGUAGAGGCAGGAACCACCAUGGCCACACUGCCCAGGUUUGGAGCAAGCAGCAGCCUCAGUUGCUGUUGUGUGCGUGCCUUCUAUGGAGGAGGGAGGAUGCCCCCUUAGAGGAGGCAGGAAUAAGUGUGGUCCUGGCUCUUGUUGCCCAGUCCUAAGAGUUUCCGGCGCAGGGAUCCAGAGGGGUGAGCAGGAGCCUGGCCAGGAAGAGUUAAUCUCCCUUCGCCGGCCCCCAGCUGAGCCGCACCCGCUUCCAAGGCCCUCGUCCAACCGCUGGCUCACACCAGCCUCCACCGGCUUUGUCCUGAGUCACCGGGCCUUUGCGGUGCCUCCCCGCGCAAGCUCGCCCCGCCGAGGGGACCGGCCCAGCCGGCCCGGGGAAGAAGCGAGGAGCAGGACCCCCGGGGGCGCGGGCUGUCGGGGCGCCCCCUCCCCGAACCCGCGACUUCCCGGGACAGCUCUAAGCGCAGGGAUCCAGAGGGGUGAGCAGGAGCCUGGCCAGGAAGAGUUAAUCUCCCUUCGCCGGCCCCCAGCUGAGCCGCACCCGCUUCCAAGGCCCUCGUCCAACCGCUGGCUCACACCAGCCUCCACCGGCUUUGUCCUGAGUCAUCGGGCCUUUGCGGUGCCUCCCCGCGCAAGCUCGCCCCGCCGAGGGGACCGGCCCGGCCGGCCCAGGGAAGAAGCGAGGAGCAGGACCCCCGGGGGCGCGGGCUGCCGGGGCGCCCCCUCCGCCUUUGCGGUGCCUCCCCGCGCAAGCUCGCCCCGCCGAGGGGACCGGCCCAGCCGGCCCGGGGAAGAAGCGAGGAGCAGGACCCCCGGGGGCGCGGGCUGUCGGGGCGCCCCCUCCCCGAACCCGCGACUUCCCGGGACAGCUCUAAGGGCUCCAGACCUCUCUAGCCCAGACUGGAAACCGAAAGGAAGUUGUUGGAAGGAGAAUGGAGGAGAUGGGGAUCCGGAAGGGAGGAAAGUCAGAUGGGAACAAGAGGAUUACAAUGAGCCUCAGGUAGCCCCCUCUGGCUGCCGUGUGUACCACCCUUCUGAAGGGCCAGGCCAUUACGAGCUGGCUAGAGGUUGCCCCGCGCGCCUCCCGGAGCCCACCCCGAGGCAGCGCUCUCCCACCAGGACCUCCGGCGUGGGGACGCCUCCUGCCCCCGCGGCCCAGCGGGAGAGCCGCAACCGAGGGCGGGUGUCUCCGCAGCGUGUCCCCUCCCCUGCCCGGGGCAGCUAA